AUGGGACUAAACGACAGCAGCCCCGGCGCCAUGCGCAACGGUCGCGGCCUCUCGGACCAGUGGGCCGAGUCGGUGGUGGUGCGGCCCAGGACCACCGAGCGCCACAUCACGGUGCACAAGCGCCUGGUGUUGGGCUUCGCCUUAUCCAUCCUCACGCUCAUCAUCGUGACCGCCGUCGCCGUGGUGCUCAGCGUCCGCUUCGAGGAGUGCGGCGGGCGGGAUCGCGACGGGUCCGCCGGCGAGCACGGGUCCAGGGGCUCGGCGAGGUUGAACGGGAGCCGGGGGGAGAGGACGGGGGAGAGGGGCGACGAGGAGGCGGUGCAGCCGUGGAGGAACUCGCGGCUGCCGGGCUCGGUGAGGCCGCGACACUACGACCUGCGGCUCGCCGUCUACAUGGACAACUUCACCUUCUCCGGGGAGGUCAGCAUCGAGCUGGAGUGCGUCAACGCCACCAGGUUCAUCGUGCUGCACGCCGACCGCCUCGAGGUGGACCGGGUGUCCGUCACGGCGGAGGGAGGCGGGGGCAGCGGUCGCCCUGCCAACCGGCCGGGGGGCGGAGUCAUGCGCGUGCACCGGCACUUCCCGUUCCCGGCCAACCAGAUGUACGUGGUGGUUCUGCACCGCGAGCUGAAGCCGAUGAGACUGUACAGACUCAACGUGAGCUUCGACGCCGCCAUCGAGGACGAGCUGCUGGGCUUCUUCAGGAGCUCGUACACACUGCAGCGGGAGAGACGCUACCUGGCGGUGACCCAGUUCAGCCCGAUCCACGCCCGGAAGGCCUUCCCCUGCUUCGACGAGCCCGUCUACAAGGCCACGUUCUCGCUGAGCCUCCGCCACGACCCCCAGUACACGUCGCUGUCCAACAUGCCGGUGGAGAGCAGCUCGCUGUCGGACGAGGACGGCUGGACCACCAACCGGUUCGCCCGCACGCCGCGGAUGUCCACCUACUACCUGGCCUGGGCCGUGUGCAACUUCACGUACCGCGAGACGCAGAGCGACGCCGGCGUCACGAUCCGACUCUACGCCCGGCCCGACGCCAUCUCCAGCGGCGCCGGCGACUACGCCCUCCACAUCACCAAGAGGCUCCUGGGAUUUUAUCAGGACUACUUUAAAGUCCAGUACUCGCUGCCGAAGCUCGAUCUGCUGGCGGUUCCCAAACAUCCGUACGCCGCCAUGGAGAACUGGGGCCUCAGCGUCUUCGUGGAGCAGAAGAUCCUGCUGGACGCCGAGGUGUCGUCGUCGUCCUACCAGAUGGAGCUCACCAUGGUGGUCGUCCACGAGAUCUGCCACCAG